AUGUCGAAGUUCGGGGUCCUGGUGAUGGGGCCGGCCGGCGCGGGCAAGACGACCUUCUGUACAGCCCUCAUCCAGCACCUCCAGAACACCCGGCGCAGCUGCUUUUAUGUCAACCUCGACCCGGCCGCCGAGAGCUUCUCCUACGAGCCCGACCUGGACAUCCGCGAGCUGAUCACGCUCGAAGAUGUGAUGGAGGAGAUGGGACUAGGUCCCAAUGGCGGCUUGAUGUACUGUUUUGAGUUCCUACUACAGAAUCUCGACUUUCUCAACGACGCCCUCGACCCCCUGAGCGAAGAGUACCUGAUCAUAUUCGACAUGCCCGGCCAGAUAGAACUAUAUACCCACGUCCCCCUUCUGCCGUCGCUAGUCCAGUACCUGUCUCGGUCUGGAGCUCUCAACAUAUCUCUCUGCGCCGCCUACCUGCUCGAGAGCUCCUUCGUCGUCGACCGGCCCAAGUUCUUCGCUGGCACCUUGAGUGCCAUGUCCGCCAUGAUCAUGCUAGAGAUACCACACGUGAAUAUCCUCAGUAAGAUGGACCAGAUAAAAGGUGUCAUUUGUAAAAAGGAGCUCAAGCAGUUCACUUCGGUGGACGUCAAUCUGAUACAGUCAGGCAACGACGAGGAGUCGUCCGGUCGAGACCCGUCGUCUACCAACGAGGUCCUGACCGGUAGCUCGUUUAACCGCUUGAACAAGGCUGUUGCUCAACUGAUCGAUGAUUUUAGCAUGGUUUCGUUCCUCAAGCUGGAUGCGCAGGACGAAGACAGCAUCUCUGCCGUCCUAAGCUAUAUUGAUGACGCGAUACAGUACCAUGAGGCGCAGGAGCCCAGAGAGCCUGCUGCUGACCCCGAAGCAGAGGAGGACAUGGAGUGA